GGUUUUACAUAUAAAUACUUGAGCAUUUCUGCAGGAUUUAAAAAUGGUAACCUGCCUUUCCUCUCUGGAUCAGCUGACUGACUUGUAAACUGUACGGACUUUUCCUCUUCUUUCUUGAGUCACAUUAGUAUCAGGAACUUUAUUUUCUCUCAAGUCAGCCAUUUGAUAAGUCAGUCCAGCAACCUUGGAACUUUCCAGUCAGUGGGGUCCUAGAUCAGGCUAUUUUUGUUUUAACUUCUGUUUUUCAGUAAAUUCUACAAGUAGAAACUGCAACUAAAUGGCUCAAUGAAACCCAAGUCAGUGUUCCUCCCUUAACUGGAGAAAUUCUUUUCAUAACUCAACAGACUCCAAGAAUGUAUACGAUUUUGAGAGGGAGCUUUCUUUUCUCCCUCGGUGCAACUGUGGUGAUGACAGCCAUCAAAACAUUUUGUAGGGUUUUGCCUUUUUUUUCUUUGUCUUUUGUUUUAGAUACAAUCUUUAAAACCUUACUGUGAAGAAGCUGGGGACUAGGUAGCCACAUCCCAUUUGCAGAUAAGAAAGGAGGCCUAAUGCAAUAUCUGCAAAGCCAGGUGGCUGACUCAGUCCUUGUGUCUUUUAUGCACAGAAUAGCACUUACAAAUGACACCGCUUCUUUACCAGACACUGCUCCAAGCACAUGAGCUCCUUUAACCCUCACAGCCGUCCUGUGAGGUAGGUGUGGUUGUGAUUCCAUUCAACGAAUGGGGGAGUUGAGGUGCACAGCUAAGGUGCUAUAGCCCAAGUCAUGCAGACAUUAAAAGAGGGGCCAAGAUUUGAUCCCAGGCAGUGUGAGUCUAGAUGGAACUUCAGACUGCGGGAUGCUACAUGGCUUUUCUGAAGCUCAAUACAUCACAUCAGAAAAUGAAUGUCAAGCUCUCUGGAAAGCACAACAGUGAUGGAGUACAUGAGCACUGGAAGUGAUAAUAAAGAAGAGAUUGAUUUAUUAAUUAAACACUUGAAUGUGUCUGAUGUAAUAGACAUCAUGGAAAAUCUUUACACAAGUGAAGAGCCAGCGGGUUACGAACCCAGCCUAAUGACCGUGUGUCAAGACAGCAAUCAGAACGAGGAGCGUUCGGAGUCCCUGCUGCUCAGUGGCCAGGAGGGGCCGUGGCUGUCCUCAGUCAGAUACGGAACCGUGGAGGACCUUCUGGCUUUUGCAAACCACAUAUCCAAUACUGCAAAGCGUCUUUAUGGACACAGACGACAGGAGUCUGGAAUUUUGUUAAAUAUGGUAAUCACCCCCCAAAAUGGACGCUAUCAGAUAGACUCUGAUGUUCUCCUCGUCCCCUGGAAGCUGACUUACAGGAAUAUUGGCUCCGAUUUCAUUCCUCGGGGGGCCUUUGGGAAAGUGUACUUAGCACAAGAUAUAAAGACUAAGAAAAGAAUGGCAUGUAAACUGAUUCCAGUAGAUCAAUUUAAGCCAUCUGAUGUGGAAAUCCAAGCUUGUUUUCGGCACGAGAACAUCGCUGAGUUAUAUGGUGCCGUCCUGUGGGGUGAAACUGUCCAUCUCUUUAUGGAAGCAGGCGAGGGCGGAUCUGUUCUGGAGAAACUGGAGAGCUGUGGACCAAUGAGAGAAUUUGAAAUUAUUUGGGUGACAAAGCAUGUUCUCAAGGGACUUGAUUUUCUACACUCAAAGAAAGUGAUUCACCAUGAUAUUAAACCUAGCAACAUUGUUUUCAUGUCCACAAAAGCCGUCUUGGUGGAUUUUGGCCUCAGUGUUCAGAUGACUGAAGAUAUCUAUUUCCCUAAGGACCUCCGCGGAACAGAGAUUUACAUGAGCCCCGAAGUGAUCCUGUGCAGGGGCCAUUCCACCAAGGCAGACAUCUACAGCCUGGGGGCCACGCUCAUCCACAUGCAGACCGGCACCCCACCCUGGGUGAAGCGCUACCCUCGCUCAGCCUACCCUUCCUACCUGUACAUUAUCCACAAACAGGCCCCUCCAUUAGAGGAUAUUGCGGACGACUGCAGCCCCGGCAUGAGAGAGCUGAUAGAGGCUGCCCUGGAGAGGAACCCCAAUCACCGCCCCAGGGCAGCAGACCUACUGAAACAUGUGGCCCUGAACCCCCCGAGAGAGGACCAGCCACGCUGUCAGAGUCUGGACUCUGCCCUCUUUGAGCGGAAGAGGCUGCUGAGUAGGAAGGAGUUGGAACUUCCGGAGAACAUUGCAGAUUCUUCAUGUACAGGAAGCACGGAGGAAUCUGAGAUGCUAAAGAGACAGCGUUCUCUCUACAUUGACCUUGGAGCCCUGGCUGGCUAUUUCAACCUUGUCCGGGGUCCACCAACAUUAGAAUAUGGCUGACUGAUGACAUCGUUUGCUCUAAAUUAAGGCUCAGCUUUUAUCUCCUGGAAGCUUGUUCUGCUGACUCUACACAGGGGCUCUGUCUAGUGCAUUGGAGCAUUUACUAGCUGGCACUGCGGGCUCCCGUGACUCAUGAAUGUGACUCCAUGUGGCUCCUGUGUGUUUGAUUUGUGGAGCGGCCCAGGUACCCGCCAGGGCGGAAGGUUCUCAUUUCUCAGGUGGUGUGAGUGAAGGGGAGGAAGUUAAGCAUGCAUAGAAGGAUCAUUUCUGGUGACUGAUGUCAUUCACUGUGCACUUUGUUCAAAUUUUUAAAAAUACCAAUUAUAAGAGUAAUAUAUUAGCCUCAAAUUACUAUUCUUGAUUCUAACUUAAGUAUGGGAAGUUCAUUUAAUGCAGAAUAGUUGUUUUGUAUAUAUCAGUAUAUAAUAUAUGCUAACUCUCUGAGCCUGUGUCAGUAGAUUCUAGUUUAAAUUAAAGUUAUUGUGUUUUGGGUGAAUAGAACAACUUGAAUAUUGUAGCAAUAAGCUGAACUAGUGUCUCGAAAGUGGCUCGCUGGCCAGUGCGGCGCCACCUGGCAGCAGGCCAGUAGUGCCGGGUUCUGUUGUGUUCCUAUGGAAACAUUUGUACCGUACGUGCCAUGCUUAAGACAUUUAAAACACGACGUUUUGAAUGUGGAUAAAACUGUGUAAACCACAUAAUUUCUGUACAUCCCAAAGGAUGAGAAUGUGACCUUCACGAAAAGCGGAAACUUUUGUCAAAUCUUAAUGAUGCUACUUUUAUACCUCCUAUGACUAUUUUCUUUCAAGCAUUUGUAUAUUAAAAUAGCAUACUAUGUAUGUUUUAUAUCAAAUGCCCUCAUGACUCUUUCUUAUAUAUAUUUAACAUUGUAAAUAAAUAUGUGACUAUUCCUACUUAAAGUAUUUUUUUACAUCGUGCAAAUGAAACCAACACUUUUAUCCAAUAUGAUU